UAGGGGAGGACUUUGUAGAGUAGGGUAGAUGGUUGGACUUGAUGAUCCCAAGGGUCUCUUCCAACCUAGACGAUUCUAUGAUUCUAUGAUUAGUGUCAGUAUUGGAGAGUCAUGGGGCAACAUGAGCAUGGGGCCAUUUCUUGGCAGACUCCGUUAGCCAAGUUGUGGCUUCUCUUGCCCCCUCUCUGUGAAAUGUGGUUCAGGCAAAGAGAGUGGCAUUGGGCCUUAGUCCACGGCUGCGUGUGCUGGCUGGCAGGCAGGCUCUGCCCAAAGGAGGGCUCGGAAUUCCUCUUGGAGUGGCUGAUCUGAAAAGAAAAUGCUCAGCGCUGCUUCUCGCUUUGCAGGGGGGGCUGCCUCUACCUGUUGUGUCUCAUGUAUUUUGUCCUCCUGGAGUCUGAGUUCUUGUGACUCGGAGUCCAUCACCACUGGUGACGCUUGCAGUGAAAUAACAGGAUGUUGGCCUAUAAUCCAUUUUCCGUCCAUCGUCUGGGGGGGGCAGGAACUUUCCAGAGAAAUUGCAGCUAGCCAGAGCUAGCGAUCUUCACAAGUUUAUACAGUUUUAAAUGCAGAAUUGGUUACAGCCUUUCUAAUUUGAAAUUUUCCUAUGUUUCAGUCUCAAGAGAUUAAAGCAGCAUCUUAUUUUUUGUUGGAAGAGCACCGCCUGGUUAUCUGUAAUAGCAAUUUUUAUUCCCUCUACCUUGUUUCUCUUGCUUCUUUGUGCUGUUAGCCAAAUCCUGUGAAUUGAGGAGCGUGGCUUUCUGUGUAGAGGCAUUUGUGAGAGGAGAGGGGUAACGUUGUGUUCAUCCACAGCCUCUGGAUUUCACCAGGCCAAGCGUGGUACCCAACACAGGACUGAAAAUAGCUGUGAGGUUCCUGUGUAGUCGGUUGGGAGAGGUAGGUAUCUCCCAACUCCUCCCACUGGUGACAGAGAGGCGGGCAGCUGUGUUCCUAACCUAAAUGCCAACGUGAGUCCUGUUGCUUCCUGGCCAAGGUCACAAGUCUGGGGAGGAAUCCUCAAAGGCAGCUGAAACUGCAGCACCUCCAGUGACAGACUUGUGAUGGGCCCUAAUGCGAGGUCAGGGGUGUGGGACAGGAGCACAGCAGGAGGAGGAGGAGGUGCUGCUUUUCUCUCUAAGCCAUUUGCUGUCUCUGUAUUUAGUGCUGGGUUUUUUAUUAUUUUGAUUGUUGAGGUUUUGUUUUCUUGUUGUUUAGUUUUUUUGAGAGGCCGGCUGGAUGCAUCAGAAGGCUGUUUUUGUAAAGGAAAAAGGAAAUUUAGGUGUGGGAAAGAGACAUGAAACUUAUUAAAAAUCUUUUGCAAUUUUAGAUUUUGGGCAAAGCCUUGUUGAGUGUUGAUUCCAGCUGCUAGUGCAGCUGAAUACUUUGCAGAUACAAGCUUCCUGGUGCAGCUCUGGCCCUUGCAUAGGGACCUGUGUCCCCUGUUGGGAGGGUCUAGAAUUACAAGGAUUUUCAACUAAGAGCUCUACAUUGCUAUAUGACUUCUACUGCAAAGUAAAUACUUGAUGCUUCUCCUAACUACAGGGUUUUUUUGGAGGUACAUAGGUAUUCACAGCAUGCAAAAAUGCAGCAAAUCUGUUAGACAAGCAUGCUGAAGUAGAGAAAGAAGUAAAAAGAAGAAAUCAUAGGGAAAAUUUUAUUAAACACCUUCACUUCAGAGCAAUGAAGUAAAAUUGCUAAGUGAGUGGUACAUUUUGUAGAAAUGUAUUCUGAGUGAGUUCUGUUUCAACUAAUAAGUCUAAUCUUCAAAAUACUAUCUCUUGCUAAGAAAUCAGCUGAACGCCUGAUCUUCCAAGGAAAUAAACCUAUUUCAGGAACAGCAGUGUGUGCUGAUACUGGUGACAUGGUAGUGUUUGAGGGAGAGGUUUCUAGAGAAGGGUUUCAAGUUUCUCUGGGUUCAAUUUAGUGUUCAAAAAUAACUGAGGAUGAUCACAAUUAGGAUUAAAAACAUAAAGCAGUCAUAGUUUACCUUGAGAUCUGCUAAAGUAGGAAGCCAAAAAGGGGGAGUAGUUUGUGCUGUGAUGGUUAAGUGGCUUUAUAUGUGCAAAACAUCAGACUUGGUUGCUGUUUGACAGUGAAAUUGUGAUGCCUGACAUCCUGUAUUCCAGUCAGAUUAUUUUUUUUUCAGUCAAACGUUGAUUAUUCCCACCCUGUUAAUCAAGGAUUGGGGAAUGAGUCACACAAAGCAAACUAUGUGCUAGAAGUAAAAAGAUAAUUUGGUUAAAAAGGCUUGAUGCAAAAUUGGAGAUCUCAGGUUGGGAGGAACCUCAGGAUGUCUCUGGUCCCACCUGCCACUUACCACAGCGGCAUUCAACAGAGUUUGCAUCACGUUGCUCAGGGCUUUCUCCAGUCACGUCUGGACAGGCUGGAGAAGGGGGACCAUGUGAAUCUCAUGAAGUCCAACGUGGCCAAGUGCAGGAUCCUGCACCAAGGUCAGGGCAACCCCCGGUACCAGCCCAGGGUGGGGAUGGAGAGCAGCCCGGCUCAGAAGGGCAUCAGCCCCAGAAUUUCAGAAGGCGUUUGAGUUCAUUAAGGCGUAGUGUCACAGCAAGCACCAAAAGUGUGAGAUCAAGUGAAAUAUUCUUGAGAAUUUUAGUUUUUAAGGAAUGAACUUGUUCAUAUAGACAUUUUAGCCCGUUAUGUUAUCUUGCCAAAAUGUAUCUGGAGGUCAGCCAUCAGCCAAAAAGAAACCACCUGCAGGAGCUAUAAAUGAGUGCAAAGACCUCAGGCUAACAGUGCUUGUGAUGCUUUUUGCUCUAGCAUAAGACCAGAAAUAUCCACCUCAGAUUCCUCAGGGUUAUUACGAGGUGUACAACUCUGAUUAAAUAUGUGUUUGGGAGUCUCUCCAAACAUGACUUUUAAUGUGGUCCAAUUUUGAAGCUACUCUUUCAUAAGACAGUUGCUGAGGUUUACGGGUGUGUGUCUUGUAGUGUUUAGGGGAGAUCAGAGCCAGCAAAUAGUCAUCUUACAAGUCUUUAUCAGAGGCAAAUAUAAGCUGUCUUUAAAUAUUUGUGUCUUUACUUAAAGACAGUAGGAGCUGUGAUGAGAGUUUUAAAGGAAGGCUUCCUGAGGGAGGGCCCUGGGCUCUGUCCUGUCUGUCUCAGGCCGCGCUGCAGAGCUGUGCGAGGCCGUGGCUUCCCUGUGAGCAGAUGGGGCAGUUACGCUAUUCAACAUUCUGCAACAGAGAGGAGUGUGAAUUCAUGACAGGAUUUAUGCUGUUUAUUACUAUUAAAGGAUUGCUAUGGGUGUUUCAGAUCCCAAAGAGGAGAAGGAAGAGGAGGAAGUCUCCAGUGUCCUCACCCAUGGCUCUGCUGUCAGCAGGCCCAGCAGAAGCUGGCGCAGCAGCAGGUCAGCUGGGGUGGCCCGGCAGCGUGAUGCCGAGAACUCCCGUGCCUCCAGAUCCAAGACUGGUACCCUGCAGCUCAUCUGCAAGUCGGAGCCAAAUACGGACCAGAUCGAGUACGAGGUCACAGAAGAGCAUCAGUCUCCAGCUGGAAUCAGCAGUGAUGAUGAGGAGGAGAUGCUCAUCAGUGAGGAAGAAGUUCCCUUCAAAGAUGAUCCAAGAGAUGAAACCUACAAGCCCCACCUAGAAAAGGAAGCACCAAAACAGAGGAGAAAAGCUAGCAAGGGGAAGGAGGAAAAAGAGAAACAGAAGGAAAUUAAAGUAGAAGUGAAAGAAGAGAGUGAGUUUCAGGAAGAUGAAGAACAACCAAGGAAGAGGGGAAGGAGGAGAAAGGAUGACAAGAGCCCAAGGGUGCCCAAGAGGAGGAAGAAGCCUCCAAUACAGUAUGUCCGCUGUGAGAUGGAAGGCUGCGGCACAGUCUUGGCUCACCCGCGUUACCUGCAGCAUCACAUAAAGUACCAGCACUUGCUGAAGAAAAAAUACGUGUGUCCUCAUCCCUCCUGUGGUCGGCUCUUCCGACUCCAGAAGCAGCUCCUGCGUCAUGCCAAACACCACACAGAUCAAAGGGAUUACAUCUGUGAGUACUGUGCCCGGGCGUUUAAGAGUUCUCAUAACUUGGCGGUGCACCGAAUGAUCCAUACAGGCGAGAAGCCCUUGCAGUGUGAGAUCUGUGGAUUCACCUGCCGGCAGAAGGCUUCCCUCAACUGGCACAUGAAGAAGCAUGAUGCAGACUCCUUCUACCAGUUCUCCUGCAACAUUUGUGGCAAGAAAUUUGAGAAGAAGGACAGCGUCGUGGCCCACAAAGCCAAGAGCCACCCCGAAGUGCUUAUUGCUGAAGCGCUGGCUGCCAAUGCGGGUGCCCUGAUCACCAGCACCGACAUUCUGGGCACUAAUCCUGAGGCCAUUGCGCCACCCACUGAUGGCCAGGGCCUCCCCCUUCUUCCUGACCCCCUGGGAAGCACUGCCCCAGCAGAUUGUCUGCUGCUGAACCCCGAGGGGAUGCCGAAGACAUACUGCAGUGGUGCGGAGCGUGUCAGCCUGGUGGCUGAUGGCAAGCUCUUUGUGGGCAGUGGCAGCAGUACAAACCCAGAGGGGCUGGUCAUGAACACGGAGAUCCUGGGAGCCACCACAGAGGUGCUCAUCGAAGAUUCAGACUCCACUGGACCCUAGUGGGUGGGGAGCACGUGGGUGCUGGGACAGUUUGGACUCUGUAUUUAAAAGAAAAGAAAAAAGGAAAAAAAAAAAAAGAGGAGACACUUACUGAAAGAGAGAAAACUUACAAUACUAGUAAAUAACCGAAGGGUCUGCUCCCUUCCAGUGUGGAUCACAGCACAUCCUCUCCCAACCACUUCUCUCUCUCCUACUGCUCCUUUGUAGAAAGGGGCACAUGCUGCCAUUACCAGAGCAAGUUGGACUGAGCGACAGAUUUCUCCAAGGGAGCGGGGCCUGCUGAAACCCUUUGCUCAACCCCAAAGCAGAUGCCUUUCUGGCUCCUUGACGUGGCCCCACUCGCAAACGAGAAAGCAUUUGCUGUGCUCUGGACAAGUUUCUUAGGACUCCCUCUGGCCCCUGGUCCCAACUUCUAUGCAUCGCUGCACUCCAGUCCUUGCAGUCUCAUUCUUCCUACGGGGCUGGGGGUUUGGCUUGGCACUUUAGCCCCCCUCGGCAGGGCGGGCUGUGAAGCCAUGCACGUCCUGCUCCCUGCCGUGCUCCUCCGCUCGGCUCUGGCAGGAGCUGAGGGAACGCCCUGGCUCAUAGAUCAUGUUUGCUUGGAGAGGCCCGGGGGCUACGGGAGCCCUGCGUGGGAGAGGCGAGGAGGAGCAUCCCAGUUUGACGACAGUAAUUUGCACUUUGAACAUGUUUCGUUUUUGUGUUGUGGUAACAAGAUUCCUUAUUUAUUGAUUAAAAAAGGGUCGGUAUUUUUAAGUUAUGUUCUUAGGGGGUGUGGGUGGAAGGGGUUCACGCUGUUUCCCGGUAGGCUCCUCCGCACUAGCGAGCUGCAGGGAGUACGCUGUGCCAUCGUAACAGCAGCUGGGAGAGCUGAGGUGAAGGCAGCCCUCUGGAGUCAGAUGUCUCUUGCAGCUUUUCCUGAGUAGAGGGAGAAGAGCCUGUUUGCAGUGGGAGUCUCUGCAGCGGUGUUUUGGCAGGAGGAUGAGGUGAGUGGUGGAAGAGCCAGCUGUUGUCUCCCUCCCAGGUUGGGGCAAGCUCCUUGCAUUCAGUGCUCUUUUUGCCGCCUCCUUGCUCUCCAGCCUUUCUGGGAAGAAUACCAUUAGUCAGGAACUUUUUCUGGUGACUUAGGACAGUUGUGACCUGCUUUCUGCUGGGGGAUGUUGUGCUCCUCAUCCAACUCUGCCUCUCCAGCUCUAGACAGAGAUACAGAAGCAGGAUGUGGUUGUCUCAGGCUUGUUUAUCCAAGGCAAUAGACUGACGCAGGACUAAGGGGCUGUCAGCUUCUCUCCCUGCCCCUGUUUUGGGCUGAGGGUGUUGUGCAGCCCUGUUCUCAAAGCUUCUCUUCUGUGCAAACACCCCUGCUUUCGGUGAAAUGUGGCAGUUCAGGUGUUGCCUGCUGGUGCAGUGAGGACAGCUCUGAGCCCUUGGAAAAGUUUACAUAGGGUACGAUGUGUCUGCUAUGGAGACUUGAAUCUUUUUGCUCCUAUCUGAAACUUUGUGUGGAAAUUCAGUGGCCUUGAAUUCAUAGUGUUUUUGGAAGAAGAGAAGAAUAACCUGGGCUUUUUGUUUGUUUGCUUGUUUUUUUGGUUGGGAUUAUGUGGUUGGGAGCAGAGCUGAAGUAUCUUGUCCGAGCACAAGAUCAGCUAAAUUGGUCUGUAGCACACAGCAGCUAGGCAAAAUUGGUUGUCUGGGGUCUGGAGAAUGGCAAUAAAACAUGGAAUUUAAUUGGAAGCUUUUUACAGUAAACUGACUCGAGCACUCUGUCCCCUUGUGCUGCCUGGAAAUCCAGCUGUGGCUCGAGCCUCACGGCUUUUAUUGGGCUAUUUGUCCUGAUUUGCCCCAUCCCUUCCCCCCUUACACGGGUACCUUUGUCAGAGCAAGUUGAAACACUUCUGGUGUUGGGGCGGUUCCUGGCAGAACAGAUUGCAACUCCGGUGUCUUGUGCCCUGGGUGUGGGCAUCCCACAUUCAUGCUCUGUGGCAGUGGCGAGGCUCCACCAGCCUCUGCUGGAGAUGAGGACGAGGGCCCAGGUACCCGAGCGUGGGUCUCCGGGGACAGUGCCUGUCAGGUCUGUGGUGGUACAGUGUUGAACCAAACCAGCUUCUUCAGUUCCCGUGUUCCAAUUUCUUGGAUCAAAUUACUGUGAUUUCCAGCAGGAAGCUUUUGGGUGGCCCGCCGGUCCCCUCCCCUUGCAAACUAAAGAGCAGCAGCACAAUGAGACAUGUUCAAACCCAACUCGGAUGUUUUCACCCCCUGAGCAGUGCAGGUCUUCUGGCUGAGCCACGCUGUGUGGCGGCGUGUCCCCUGGCCCAGCAUCCCGGCUGUCGGUGGCAGAUACGCUCCUGUGGUGCUGGUCAGCCAUGUUGUCCCCACGCUUGCUGCACACCACGCUGCUGGAGCUGUUUCUCGUGCCCUGCCCUGUGGGGGUGCGGAGUGAGCAGAGCCUUGCACAGAACACUAAUCGGAGAGCUCGGGGUUUUAUUUUCUGAGGGAUGGCACUAAAAUGCUUUUGGGUGAAGGGCUUGCUCCCCUCCAGUGACACAACACUUGGCACCUGGCUGGGAGGCAGGGGAGGCUGCCUUGUCCUGCGUCUUCCCCAACUGAGCCCAGCAAUGAGUUUGCCAUUGGCCACGUUCCUGGGACGCAGAAUCAAGCAGCUCAUUUGCUUCCCGGCCUGGAUGCCUCUGAUCCCUGCCUUGUCCUUCCAUGCAAUACAUGCCUCUUGUAGCUCUCCUUUUUCUUUUUCUGGUCUCGGCCAGUUUCCUGUCUGUCCUUUAACCACAGCCUGCUAACUAACCCCGGUGCAGGAGAGACUGGUGCAGCUCCCUUCCCGCUCCUGUUUGAAAGCCUAAAACUGACACAGCCCUCCUGCAGCUCCUCCUCCCCUCGAUGUCUCCUUCACUCGCAUGCAGUUUGCUUCAAUAAAUUAUUGUAGUAGUUUGCAAUAAACUUUUUUGUAUUUUUUUUC